GGGAAAAUUUACUUUAUCGACUGCAUAUGGCGUCUGCCGCGAGCUGAGACAGACACAGGAUUGUUUGUCAUCAUUCAGCAGUGGGAUUAUUUAUUUGAGAGAGAAGGUGGUUAAAUAGCUGUAAAAAUGAGUAUUCUAGCAUACAAUGGGGGUGCUAUGAUAGCAAUGAAGGGCAAGAACUGCGUGGCUAUAGCAGCCGAUCGUAGAUUUGGUAUUCAAGCCCAAACAAUUACCUGUGACUUUCAAAAGAUCUUUGAAAUGGGCCCACAUCUAUUUCUGGGCAUACCCGGGCUCGCUACUGAUGUUCAAACCGUUAUGGAACGUCUGAGAUUUCGUCUGAAUCUCUACGAGCUCAAGGAGAACCGCAGAAUGCACCCCAAGACAUUUGCAUCCGUUGUUUCUAAUCUGCUUUAUGAGAAGCGCUUUGGCACCUACUUCGUGGAGCCCAUGAUUGCUGGCCUUGACCCGGAGACAUUCGAACCUUACAUCUGUAAUAUGGAUCUCAUCGGGUGCAUCAACGAGCCCGAGGACUUCGUUGUUGGGGGAACUGCUGAGGACCAACUCUACGGAAUGUGCGAAACUGUUUAUGAACCUGAUCUUGAACCUGACGAUCUUUUUGAGACCAUCAGUCAGGCACUCGUCAAUGCCUGCGAUAGGGAUGCUAUCUCUGGAUGGGGUGCUGUUGUUCACAUCAUUGAGAAGGAUAAAGUCACUACCAGAACCAUCAAGACGAGAAUGGAUUAAUUAUCAAAAUAAAAACAGCUGAAGAAGAGUUUUUGUUCUUGAUAAUUUACAUUUUUACUUUUUAAUUAAAUAUACGUUUAUUGAAAAAGAGAA